GGUGGUGGCGGUGUCCGCGGCGGUGUCCGCGUCCGCAGCCCGGGCCGCGGAGGGGCCGACGGGGCCCCUUGCUGCAGAGCCAGAUGUGCGGGACGCGGGGCUGCGACGGGUCGGCGGGGAGGUGCUGGAGGCUGCCGCCGCCGCUGCUGCCGCGGCCAGGGGGGAGCCCUUAGCUGUGCGGGAAGCGGGGAAGCCGUGUCGGGAGCUGUUAUUUUCUUCUCCUCCUUCCUUCGCCUUCCCUCUUCUCCCUCCUCCCCCUCCUCACCAAAACGGGGAGAGGAGGCGUGUUCGGUGCCUUGCUGCACCGGUUUUGCUCGGUUUGUUGUUGCAGGGUUUCGUUCGCGGGGUGGUUGGGUUUUGUUGUUUUGUUUUUGCUUUUUUCCUCCUUUUCCAUCGCCGCCGCCUUCUCCUUUCCUCUCUUUUGGCCCAUUGCAUGCUCGGAUCCGGCUGGAUCCUUCCUUUUAUUUUCGGCUGUGCCUCUCGGAAGGGGGAAGGGAGAGCUGGGAUGAGUGCAGCUUGACGCACAGGCGAGGGGAGGGGGGGGCACCGCCGGCAGUUGCAGCGGUUCGUGGCCGCAGGGUGCGGGUGAGGAAGGGAGCGAGCGAGGGGCUCGCUCGGUGCCUCCCCUUUUCUUCGCCCCUCUCCUUCCUCCCCUCCUUCCUCUCUCCUUCCCUCCCUCCCCCGUCCGUCUCCUGCCGGGUCCGGCUGGGAGCGUGUGUGCAAUAUCUUACGUUGCAAGGUGUGUGUGUGUGUGUGCGCGCGCGGAGCAGAGGGAGGGAAGGACUCGCGAGGGAGCGGGGGCUGCCCCAGCUCCCCCCUAUGUGAGCCACCCCGGGCGGCUGGAUGGCGAUAGACCGGCGCCGUGAGGCGGGCGGCGGGGGCCGUCCGCUGCCGGAGGAGAACGGCUCGGUGCCCGGGCCAUGGGGGGGGGGCGCCGCCGCCCCCCCGGGGCCGCCCCCCGCCAACGCUGCCGGGGUCGAGAUCCAGGCGGUGCCGGUGCCACCGCCCGCCGCCGCCUGCAGCCCGCUGCUCCUCGACUACGACGGCUCGGUGCUACCCUUCCUCGGAGGGCUGGGCGGCCGGUACCAGCGGACCCUGGUGCUGCUUACCUGGGUCCCGGCGCUCGUCAUCGGCUUCAGCAAGUUCUCGGACUCCUUCCUCCUGGAUCAGCCCGACUUCUGGUGCCGGGAGGCGGACGGGCAGGGCAACUGGAGCGGGACCCUGGCGCCAAUCCACGCCAACCACAGCGGCAACGGCAGCAUCUUCCCCCCCGCGCCCGGGCUGCCAACCCCCGCGACGGGCAACGCCAGCGAGUGCGGCUGCCGCGAGUGGCACUACCGCAUCAGAGCCGGCCUCGUCCAAAACGUCGUGAGCAAGUGGGAUCUUGUUUGUGAUUCUGCCUGGAAAGUCCACAUUGCUAAAUUUUCCUUACUUGUAGGAUUAAUCUUCGGCCACUUAAUAACAGGAUGUAUAGCUGACUGGGUUGGUCGACGGCCUGUACUGCUCUUCUCUGUCAUAUUCAUUUUGAUAUUUGGACUGACUGUGGCACUCUCAGUGAAUGUGACCAUGUUCAGCACACUCAGGUUUUUCGAGGGAUUUUGCCUGGCUGGAAUAGUCCUCUCCCUGUAUGCACUGCGGAUAGAGCUCUGUCCUCCUGGGCACCGGUUCAUGAUCACCAUGGUGGCGAGCUUCAUUGAAAUGGCGGGGCAGUUCCUCAUGCCGGGGCUGGCUGCCCUCUGCAGGGACUGGCAGGUCCUCCAGGCAGUCAUCAUCUGUCCUUUCCUGCUGAUGCUGCUUUACUGGGUUAUUUUCCCAGAGUCCCUUCGGUGGUUGAUGGCUACACAACAAUUUGAGGCAUCCAAGGAACUGAUCCUUCAGUUCACACACAAGAACAGGAUGAACACAGAAAGCGACAUCAAAGGAGUAGUGCCCGGGCAUAGGAUGGACGAAUCAGUGCAUAGGAUGGACGAUGAUGUGGGAAUGAAGCUGUUGUCUGUUCCUCAUUUGUUGCAGAAUUUGGAAGAGCUGGAAAAGGAAAUCACCAGGAGACCGAAGAAAGUCUGCAUUGUUAAAGUGGUGGGAACAAGGAACCUGUGGAAAAACAUCGUAGUAUUGUGUGUGAACUCGCUGACUGGGUAUGGCAUACACCACUGUUUUGCAAAAAGCAUGAUGGGGCAUGAAGCGAAGAUGGCGAUUACCCACAAUUUCUAUGCGGACUACUACACCAUGGCUGGGAUUGCGCUGGCAUCCUGCCUGGCCAUGUGCCCAGUGGUUGGGUUUCUGGGGAGGAGAGGAGGACUCCUGCUUUUCAUGAUACUUACAGCUCUGGCAUCACUUCUGCAGCUGGGCCUUCUCAAUUUGAUCGGAAAAUACAGUCAACUUCCAGACUCAGGUAUGAGUGACAGCAUCAAAGACAAAUUCUCUGUUGCAUUUUCCAUCGUGGGUAUGUUUUCUUCGCAUGCUGUUGGAAGCCUCAGCGUGUUCUUCUGUGCUGAAAUCACACCCACGGUAAUCAGGGGAGGCGGAUUGGGGCUGGUCCUGGCCAGUGCGGGUUUUGGCCGCCUGACCGCCCCCAUCAUGGAGCUCCACAACCAGAAAGGCUACUUCCUCCACCAUGUCAUCUUCGCCUGCUGCACUCUCAUCUGCAUCAUCUGCAUCCUACUGCUGCCAGAGAGCAAGAACCAGAACCUGCCCGAGAACAUCCCAGAUGGGGAACAUUACACCCGGCAGCCCCUCCUGCCACACAAGAAGGGGGAGCAGCCCCUGCUCCUGACAAACUCUGAACUCAAGGAUUACUCUGGCCUCCAUGACUCAGCAGCUGUGAGUGACGGGAUCUCGGAGAACACCACUGCCAACGGGAUGAAGUCAAUGUAACUGGGUGGACUUUUUUUUUCCGUUUCUUUUUUAUUAUUAUUUUAUUUUUCCCUU